ACGGCGAAAAGUUACGUUUCCACCGCAAAAUACACACAGCUUCCUGUCGAGUGCACUCGGUGGUUAUUAAACAUAUUUAAUGAUCAUCCGCACAUUAAGAAGAAUGAUUUAGUCCUGCUCUUAUAUAUGCUGUCAAACGUCGCGCGCUUGAAUUUGUCUCCACUUCCGCGUACAAUGUUUUUUUCAAACGACAUACGACAAGUUUAGAACAGGAAGCCUUCAGAGGCGCUUGUCACUCCUUCUCACCUUUUAGAAGGACCUCGGUUAACCAGUGUUGGUGCAAACUUCGACAGCAUGGAUUAUGAAGACGCCCAAAAUGGGCGCGGGCCGUCUGGUGCUCAGAGUUCAAAUCCAGCCAUGAGUAUAAUUGGAGCAGAGGAUGAAGACUUUGAGAAUGAUGAGCAACCUAUGGUGGAUGAUCAGUGCAGUCACUUUAACAGUAUUGAACUGUUGAAGUCCAGGCCCACCCACCUGCUGGUCUUCAUUCAUCAUGUCAUGUUACAGUUUGACUGUGCUCCUGUGCUAUGCUACCUUCAUGCUGACCUCUUCAAGAACUUCAGUGCCAAAGACACAAAGAAGCACUUUGGGGAAUUCUACAACACUUUCCUUGAAAAAGGAGCGAUUCUCAAAGUAUCAGUGCCAAAUAACUUAGCGUCUGAACUGGAUCGCUUGCGUCCAGAAAUUUGCAGCGAAGAUCAACAAAGACGUUAUGUUACUGAAGUAAAAUUCACACAGAGUCCAGAAAUACUCCGGCAGCUGGAAGACUUUAGGCAGAAGAGGAUGAUGGGAAUGACUCCUAAUGAGCAUGAACUAAGUGAUGUGGAAUCACAUCGUCCCACUGACCGCAUCCCAAUGGAGAUGAAGGAGAAGGCUGUAGCUGAAACCUUGCUGGAAAAGAUGGUUGAUGCCAACCCCUCAAUUGUUGCCGACAAGGACAAAGGUAACUCCAUCUUUGGAGCAGUGGCCUUCUAUAUGAAGCACCUUGGCGUCAAGACCAGAGCACUUGACAACAAGAAGACUAAGUCAGGAUGGCGGCCCUCUGUCCCUUCUGUGUUGAAGCCAUGGGGAACCAACAAACCCAGGCAAACCACACCAAAACCAUCUCAAUUAUUCAGCCAUGAUGGUAAGCAAACUAGAUUGGACUUUGAAGUAAAGCCAAUCAAACCUGCCCCACCUCAUCGACCGUCCAUAAGUGAUGGCAACACCACUCCAGGGCGAAAAGCUGGUGUGGCAGGGUCAGGUAGCAUCCAUGGCCCAGAGAGCAGUGAGGAGUUGAUCACCAGCGUCAUCGUGACUCCCAGCCCCGACUCUCAAAGUGACACGGGUGUCAAUAACAAUCGGGCAGACCCCAAACCAGUCUCGGAGGGGGGUGAUGCAUCUCCUGUCAGCACUAGUGGGAGUCUUACCAUCUGUGAACCUCUCUCUCCCAUUGACAUCCCUCCAGAGGACAAUCAGGACAGUGGCAAAAAGAAGACUAGGAAUGUGCGGCGCAGCGAGAGCCUUUGUGUGGAGCGCCGUCACUCUCGUCGUGGUGGCUCUACCCGGGCCAAGCAGUCUCGCUCCCGUAGCGACGUGGACCUGCAGUCAACUUCCACUUCCCACCCCCUCUCACCCUCCCCACAGCAUUCUGUCCCUGUGGAAGGUGGAUUGUUGCCUGAUGGCGCCUUCACUGGUCCUGCUUUUGGCCCCUUCCCUCAGCAGGAGGAAAUAGAGCCCCGCCUCCUGGAGCUCGAGCAGGACCCCCCCAACUGGAGGGAACUUGCUCCCAGUGAGAACCUAAAAAAACUGAGCAAGAAGGAAACCAAAAGACAAGAAGUCAUCAAUGAGCUAUUUGCGACAGAGCACGCCCAUGUUCGUAUGCUGAGCGUAUUGCAGACCGUGUUUUCUCGUCCACUGGAAAGGGAAGAGAUUAUGAGCAUAACUGAGCUGGCCACCAUCUUCCCCAGCCUCGAUGAGAUCAUAGAGAUGCACUAUGCUUUCUAUGAGAACCUGAAAAAACUGCGCCAGGAAAAUGAUUACAUUGUCAAAAUCAUAAGCACGCCACUUCUCAACAGGUUCAGUGGAUCAGAAGGAGAAUGGUUUCAGAAGCUCACCGCGCGCUUCUGUAGCUACCAGUCCUGGGCUCUGGAGCAGAUAAAGAGCAGACAGAAGAAGGACCCCCGUUUUAAUGCUUUCAUACUGGACGCAGAGAGUAAGCCACAGUGUCGGAGGCUACAGCUGAAGGAUAUCAUUCCCAUAGAGAUGCAAAGACUAACCAAGUACCCUCUUCUGCUGGCCAACAUUGCCAAGGACACAGAGGAUGAAGCAGAAAAAGAGAAUAUUAACCAAGCAGCUGAAUCCUGCCGCAAGAUCCUCAACCACGUCAAUGAAGAAGUCAAACUCAUGGAAAACCUGCUGAUUUUGAAAGACUACCAGCGCCGACUGGACACCUCAGGAUUGAAACCCAGCAAUGACCUCUACAGUGAGUACAAGAACAUUGAUCUGACCACCAGAAAGAUGCUGUUUGAAGGACCUCUGACAUGGAGGGUGACCAAGGAGAAAGCGAUCGAUGUGCACUGUGUGUUGCUGUCAGACCUGCUGGUCUUGCUUCAAAAGCAGGAUGAUAAGAUGGUUUUGAAGUGUCAGAGCAAAAGCAAUAUUGCCGCUCAAGAAGGCAAACUGAUGCUGAGUCCAAUCAUCAAACUGGAGUCUGUUUUCCUCAGAGACGUGGCCACUGAUCCAAAGGCCCUCUACGUCAUCUUCACCUGGGACAGUGGAGCACAGAUCUAUGAAUUAGUGGCUCAGUCCAUAGGGGAGAGGAAAAAUUGGACAGAGGCAAUUAAGUCUGCGGUUGAGGAUUUGAAGAAGAGGGGCGGGAGAGACAAGCUGGAUAGACACAGAGGUGGCAGCGUGGCCAGCAGCUCCAUUGGACCUGCAUACAGCGCUUUCCAACCUCCUCUUAGCCCUACUGAAAACGGAGGAGACCUGUUGAAAAGUCGCGGUGGGCGAUUUAAAGACAGUCUUACUGAUGAGAAAGGCAGAGAAACUGAUCCUUCACUCAUAGACUACCUAGCGGCCAAUGGCUUUGACCUGCUCACCCACAGCCAUGCCCCUCCAGAUAAGUCCGCUAAUGGUGCUUUGGACGAAGUCAUGUAUUUGAAGAGACUAUUGGUUGGGAGUAUUAGCCUGUCAGAUGACUCUCAGACUCUUGGGGAAAAUGGAGGGACAGCGCCUGAAAGCCAGGAGGCAGAUGGAGUAGAGGAAUCCAGCACAGAAGGACGAACUGAAGGAGAAGAGGGUGGAGGAGAUGGAGGGAAUAAAGGAGAAGAGGAAAGAGGGAUCAGCGCUCCUCUCGUGCUUUCUCAGGAACGCAUGGAGGAGGUGCAGAGGAGACUGCAGGCACUCGAGGAGCAACUGAAGAGACUGCAGGCUGUUGAGGAGGACCAUUAUAAGUUGCAAGAAGCUCUUGCUAAAUAUUCACUUCAGGGUGGCCAUUUGAACUGAGAAACAUCACAACCUGCUGUUACAAGAUCACUGUAUGUGCUGGACUUGAGACUUGCUUUUGGGGGAUUUCGCUGAUUGACUAAUGCUGCCUAAAUGUUCCUGCUCUAUCUCAUCUCUCUUCUCAACUGUCCUUUCAGAAGACUGACAGCAGGCCGCCAGCAGUUUCCAUGCCACUGAGAAAUGAAAUGAAGUGGGUGUUGAGAAAUUAUAGUGAUCCUUGAGCAUGAAUGAGAAGUGUAUAUUUUUCUGUUUAGAGGUGUGAGAGACAGUCUUACCAAAAAAUGCCAAAGAAAUGUGCAACACCUAGAGAGAUAUCAGAGCGAAACGCUAAGUGUGCAUGUGGAUGCAUUAUAACAUACACAAACAUGCACGCACACAAAGAUUAAACUGUCUAAGCAUGUCAAAAGUAAUUUAGUUUCAAAAGACUAUCUAUAUUCAUAGGAAAGUAUACUUGCAUAUUUGUGAAUGCAGUCUGACGCAUAUGAAGCCUGCUGCUCAGACUGGUUUUUAAUUUCAAUUUAAUUCAAACAGAUAAUGUGCCCUUAUUUCUUUUUUUUUUUUUUUGCCAUUUCAAGAUGUUUGCUCAUCCUAAUAUUUAUUACCAUAGUACAUACAUGUAUUUUCAAAAUUUACAGAUAUUGAAAUGGAUAUAUGUAGGUUUUUUUUUUUUUUAGUAAAAUGGAGAGUUAAAGCAAUUUCUUUUUUUUUUGGUUUUGUUUUGUUUUGUGUUUUUGUUUAGUUUUGUCUUCUUACCAGAAGUCCUGUUAUUAUGAACGAGAAAAGAAAUGCUAAGUAGGAUAGAUCAAUACAUGGAUGAGGAAAGGAAGUAGAUAGGAGGUUUGGGGAAACUCGGCUUGCUUCAAGUUAAGCCUGACCCCUCUGUAGUGAAAUCAGGCAAGGUUUGAUGUUGAGAGAUACAAAAUUUGAUGUGGCAAGGUUUAAUGUUGAGAGAUGUCAUCAGAGUUUGAGGAAAUAUGCACAUAUUAGGUAGCAGCUUGAAUGUAACCAAUGCACACAGACCAGCUUGUAGGUACAUCCACACAUCGGUGUUGUUAUAUGAACAUAUGAAGCAUGCACAAUGUAUAACAUUCUCUAACCCAGGUGUUGCAGAUAGUACUGUGGUAAUUUUAUACAGAUCUGAUGAUAAUCAUCACACAUUGCCUAUUUUUGAGCCUUUAUGCAAAUUCAUGAUUUGCGGCUGUAAAAGGCUUCAGUCAUUUAGUAUAUUUCAGUUUUUUAUGUUCUACAUUACAGUUACAAGUUGCAAUGGAUGUAUAUUCCUGGUUUGCAAAAAAAUAUAGUGUUUUUUUUUUCUGGAAUAGCUAAUUAUUUUAUUGUUUCUCAAUUAUUUUAUUUUAGGGAGUAGUUUUCUAUAUAAGCAGGACCAAAGAUAUGAUAGCGUGACAAAAUUUAGAUAUGAAAAAAUCUUUGUUUUGCAUAGGGAGGUCAGCUGUAAAUUGGAAUGACUUCCUGAGUUGAAAGGGGGAUCUAGUCACCCACCCCUUUCCAAACUUUGCCUUAGCUGCGGAUCAACCCAGAAAAUGGUAGAUGGAUUGGCUUGUAAAUGUGAUAGAUUAUAAUCCUAUUUAAGACAGAAGGAAUUAAAAGUGAGAAUUGUCAGGACUGAUUUGCUGUAUCAAUUAUAGAGCUGUAUCCUGGAUUUCAUUAUCAGUCCAUGUUUUUCAGCUUUAGGGACCAGCUUGUUCUCUCCUGCUAUCUUAUUAGGAAGCCAAACCACAGAGGAUCAGGCACUUGUAGGGGCUUACGUGUUUUAUCUCAGAGUUUGGAGACAGGAAAACAACAGUAGGUUUUCACACCAGUACUGUAAUUAUUUUUAUGUAUUCAUGAUGCUACUGCAACAGGUUUUUCUGCCCCCCACCAACUGUCAAAUUAUGCAACUUAUUUUACCUUAUUUGUUAUGUAGUGUGAUUUAUAUUCACGUUUAUGUUGUAAUUGUGUUGUUUACUUUGAUUUAUGUAAGGCCUUAUUUCUCUGUAGGUCUUAUACAAAGUGGUUUACCAGAACAACUCGGCAGAAGUCUUGCUUUCUGGCCAGCAGUGUUGUUUCUAGUACAUGUCAAUCAUAACUUUUUCUUCUUUUUUUUACUUUUUAGAAGUAGCAAAUGAUAAUGCUUAAAGUUUGAUAAUGAAACUAUCAUGGUGCAAGAUCUGUUCUACCCACUUGACUUCCUACAGUCCUUUUGCACAGUCUUUUCAUUCGCGAUUGCGUGAAUGAGUGGUUCAUUCAUUCUCUUAGAUUAGUUUUCAUUUUCUUCGAAAACUAAUUACAGUACUAUGCAUUGCCUAUUAUAAAUAAUGGACUGAGAGAGACAUAAAGUACACCCUUAACCAGACUAUGAAAGUCUUCACUGAUUUCCACUUUUAUGGCAAGAGCUGCAUUUGGAAUUUACCACAAUUUAAACUCGAUUAGAAAGUGAUUUUCAUGGAUAACUCUUUAUAAUUAGUAAGACAGGGUUUUGGGUGCGGUCACUUCUCUCUCAUUCCUUAAACAUUUCAUGUGUAUCUGUCACAUAUACGUAUAUAUACUGAUAUAUCUGUAUGUUUAAAUCUAUUUAUAGGGUGCCUUGUGCAAAUUGGGUUUGAUGACAUGCCAUCUCCUCAUUUAACCAUGUUCAAUGUUAAAUGCUGAUCUGAUAUUUUGCUCCAAACCCCAUAUAAAAUGAGUGCUUAGUACUGAGUGCUCUUUGUUAGAUCUUUUAAACCCUCUGCAAUCUAUAACUGUCUUUUAUGUAAUUCUGUGUACAGGAGUCCACUUGAUACAGGCAUUCCAUUGCUGUCUGUCUAUAUAAUUGAUUAUGCAAGGACUAUUCUGUGUAUUUGGGCUUUGAUUUUAUAUGUAAGAUACAUAAGAAAAAUGUAGGUACGUUUUUUUUUAUUAUAAUUUUCUUUUCUUUCUUUUUUUUUUUAAAUAAAUGAUUGAAAAUAA